CGGAAAAAUAGCUUCCCUAACAAUUGCACUGUUCAGAGAUCAGUAUUGGUGCAACAGUCGCGCGGCGUAGACGUCCUUUGGACAUCUAACGCAAGUUAAAACCGCGUUGCUAUGUUAAAUUCUUCAAAAUGAGCUUAAAAACUUUUUUAAUAUGUGCGUUGACAGUAUUAAUUUUUAAUAAUGUAUCUGGACAAAAAACAACACAGAACCUGGCGUUGGAGUGUCCGUCACUGGAAAAGGGAGAUAUAUACACGCAGUCGGAGUUCCUCUCGCGGCUGUCUCACGAAUGCCGCUACGACCGCCUGCUACUGCCCACGUACCAGACCGGUGAAGUGGUCUACGUACACGCGAGUGCUUACGUAUACUUUAUACAACCCGCUGAAGCACACGAUUUGAAUUUCAAAUUGCAUUUCCUUCUACAACUUCGCUGGACGGAUGCGCGUUUAGCUUACGCGCUCUAUUCUCCAGAGCGAACGAAGAUUAUCGGAGAGAGUGAUCUUAGGCAACGUAUCUGGGUGCCACACUUAUAUAUGUCCAACGAACAAUCGUCAAGCCUUAUGGGUACUGAUAGCAAAGACGUCCUCAUCUCCAUAGCACCAGACGGUGAAGUGCUAUUCAGUAGGCGUAUGCAAGCUGUACUUUACUGCUGGAUGAACCUACAAAAGUUCCCCUUCGACGAUCAAACAUGCUCUAUGAAUCUUGAAAGUUGGAAAUAUAACGCUUCGAUACUUCGUCUAAUGUGGGAGAAGGACAAUCCAGUUCGGCUAUCAUCAGAAUUACAUUUAACAGAAUAUUCGCUAUUAGAUUACUGGACGAAUGAAUCAGUCGUACGAGGCGAUAUUGUGAACAUGCGUUUGGGAGGAGGUAGAUCUGGAAACUACAGCGCCCUUAAGUUUACAUUUAAAUUGGGACGUGAAGUUGGUUAUUACCUGAUGGAUUAUUUCAUACCUUCCAUGAUGAUUGUUGCGAUGUCAUGGGUUACAUUCUGGCUACAGGCAGAUGCCUCCGCUCCGAGAAUUACUUUAGGAACAAGUACAAUGUUAUCAUUCAUUACCCUGGCUUCAUCUCAAGCGAAGACCCUGCCGAAGGUUUCAUAUAUAAAAGCCAGUGAGAUUUGGUUCCUCGGCUGUACUGGAUUCAUCUUCUCAGCUCUCGUGGAAUUCGCCUUUGUUAAUACUAUUUGGAGAAGAAAGAAAGUAGUAAAUUUGAAAAAAGUGAAUAGCAAGUACAUAUUGAAGAGCACAUUAACGCCGCGGCUGGCACGGCGCGAGCUGCAAAAGGAGCUGCAGGCGUCGCCACAGCUCAGCAAAUCGCGAUCCUGUUCCUCGCUGCAGCAGGAGACAAGCAGUGACCCUGCUGGACCAGGCUACAACAACUACCUCACUGUACACAGUUUCCCGUCAGCCCUGAACUUGCCGACUAUAACGACGCAGAGCUACGACGACUUGAUAACAGGGCAAGGGGGUCAAAGAGCGGGAGGCAGCGAGGGGUCAGACGAACCCCCCAAGCACCACACGUGGACAACAAUGACCCCACAAGAGAUCGCCACAUGGAUCGACAAACGUUCGAGAAUCUUAUUCCCUUUAAUGUUCAUCUUCUUCAAUAUCGUUUACUGGACUUUUGUUUACUGCCUGUGAUCAUGAACUUUAUUUCUUGUGUUUUAUUUAAAAGAUGCUGGAUAUCUCUUCGUGCCUUGUAAAUGAACAAGUGUGUCUGACUGCAGAACCCUUGUACUAAUUCAGUCAUAAAACAAUCUUAAGAAAUCAUUCUAGAAAUAAUCCCUACGAAAAUACUAUAGAGUAAUAAAUAAUAGAACGAACGAAUUUGAUAUGAUGUCUUCUUGACAAUUAAAUUUGAUUUUUUAGUGUAAAAAAAGAAAGACGAAAUGUGAGACGUAAACGAAGCGCUAGUAAAAAGCGUACAUUUAUUUUUAAGCUAUUAUAUUUAUAUUUUAUCUUAUAAGUCGUAAGUACGAGUACUUGUUGAUCUUGACUUUAUUUAAGAUGACUAAUAUAAAUUGAAUUGACGGUAUAAGAUUUGCUCGAUUUAUAAAUUGUUUCAUAAGCAUUUAUGAGG